AUGAGGUGUAGGAGACAUGAAGAAAGAUCUUCAGAACAUUUGGCACACCUCAAAUUACUUUUGACUUGUUGGGUUGCCAUAUCCUCGAUCCCUUCCAUCUAUAUAGGUGGUAAAGAUAGGACAAAUGUUUCACUCAUCAAAGGUGAAAUUCCAGUUGAUUGGAAGGCCUUCUUGGAAUCAGUUAAUGGCAAAUUGGAAACAGUGUCAAGAAGAUUGGCUUGA